AUGGCGGGGCGGGCGGGGGGGGGCGCCGGUCCCCGCGGGGACGAUUUCUCCUUCGUGAGCCCGGUGGUGAAGUACGUGCUCUUCUUCUUCAACAUGCUCUUCUGGGUGAUCUCGAUGGUGAUGGUGGCAGUGGGGGUCUACGCCCGGUUGCUGAAGCACGCAGAGGCGGCGAUGGCCUGCCUGGCGGUGGACCCCACCAUCCUGCUCGUCGUGGUUGGCGUCCUCACCUUCCUCAUCACCUUCUGCGGCUGCGUCGGUUCCUUGCGGGAGAACAUCUGCCUGCUGCAGGCGUUCUCCGUCUGCCUGACCAUCAUCUUCCUCCUGCAGCUGGCGGCUGGCGUGCUGGGCUUCGUCUUCUCCGAUAAGGCGCGCGGGAAGGUCAGCGAGAUCAUCAACGGUGCCAUCGUGCAUUACCGGGAUGACCUGGACCUGCAGAACCUCAUUGACUUCGGGCAGAAGGAGUUCAGCUGCUGCGGGGGUGUCUCCUACAAGGACUGGUCCCAGAACAUGUACUUCAACUGCACCGCCGCCAACCCCAGCCGGGAACGGUGCUCCGUCCCUUUCUCCUGCUGCCUGCGGGACACCGACGAGGUUGUCAUCAACACCAUGUGUGGGCAGGGGAUGCAGGCCAUGAGUUACCUGGAGGCCAGCGCCUUCAUCUACACCAACGGCUGCAUCGACAAGCUGGUCAACUGGAUCCACAGCAACCUCUUCCUGCUGGGGGGCAUCGCCCUGGGGCUGGCCGUCCCCCAGCUGGUGGGCAUCUUGCUGGCUCAGAUCCUCAUCAACCAGAUCAGAGACCAGAUCAAACUGCAGCUCUACAACCAGCAGCACCGGGCAGACCCCUGGUACUGA